AUGAGCAACCAGUCUCAUCCUGAGAUGGACAAGCCAGCAGCAGGUAUUCUAUCUGACGAACAAUUUGUCAUCCUGCAGAGCACAAACGCUUAUGUCGGAAUCUUUUUCUCUGUCCUUGGUAUCGGCUCCAACUUUUUGAACAUCAAAACUUUCUUCACCAUGGGUGUAGACGACGCUGUGACAGUGUCCUUUCUCGGACUGUCCAUUUCCGAUUUCGUCGUGUCUUUGGUGAUGUUUUGUACAGGGGUCUCGGUGAGUCUUCACACAGUCGAGUUGUCACUGGGACCUCUCUUCACCUACGAUCCUUUAAUACCUGUAGCGUAUCUAAAAAAUGUAAUCAUGGCUUUGUACACCGUCACUAUUCUGAUAACACUCUACAUAGCCGUAGCUAGGUGUAUGUGUGUGGCCAAACCCUUACACUUCAAACAUGUCUUCACUAAAACCAGGUCAGUUGUGAUCAUCAGCGUAUUCGGCGUGUUUUCUGUAGGGGUUGCGAUGCCGAUUUUCACGAGUAUGGGAAUCGCGGACGUUUCUGGCAUAACGCAGAAUGGUACACGAUACACUAUGUGGUUUGAUCCUAACCAAGAACAUGUCAAAGACGCCGUAUUUUUCAUCAUGAUGGUUGUGAUCCCCUUCGCCACACAAGUCAUCGUUAUCGUCUGUAUUGUCGUCAUGACAUGGAAGCUCAUCGAGUCUUCUCGGUUCAGACAAAAGUCCGCGAAAAGCAGUAACAACUCCGGCGGAAUCAUCACUCAGAAAACUACUGAGGGCCAAGAAAACAACACUAAAAAUAACAACAGCAACAGCAGCAACGUCAGACUCUCGGGAAGAGAGCUUCAGGCUGUACAACAGGUCGUCCUUAUCUCUGUUAUCUUCGCCAUUUUCAACACACCCAUGAUAGCUGUGAGUAUUUGUAGUCUGGUGGAACCAGAUUUCGACGCCAUCUUGGGCAAACAUCGCUACGCGCGCCUUUACGCUGCGUGCAGUUCAUCAAGACGAGUGUCUGAGCAAGUCAACAGUGCUCUCAACUUCUUCAUCUACUACAACUACAACACAAAGUUUAGGGUGUCUUAUGUUUUAGGCAAUACCCCCAAAUACAUCCAGACGUUGAUCGUAAUUGCUGUUACCCAGACAGAUUAUUUAGAAACAGUGAUGCAAAAUGAGAUUGGGCUGUGA